AGGAGCAUCCCGGGUAAGUUUGCUUAUGCCAUACCUGCGGACGGAGAACCUGUGUUUCAAGCUGCUCUGGUUACCUGUCCUGGGAGUCCACCGUGGAUCUGAACUGGUGCCGUGGAUAAGAUUCAGGAUUAGAUAAAUAAUGUACACUCGGGUUGUGUGUGUGUUUGUCGCAGACUGUGGAUAAUAAUGUGGUUCCACGUUCGGCUCUAAUUGGAAACACUGCACUGGGGAUUAUGUCAGAUGUGUCCUGUACUGAUACACUGGCAAAACACUGAAGAAUAAUGAGCAAGAUUAUUGAUUGUGUUGAAGGAAUAUUAUAAUAACAAACACUAUGGAUGAUCGACGGAAGAAGAAGCUGACAUUCCUCACCAUCGGGCUCCUUUUUCUCCUGAGUGGAGUGGAAUAUGCUGUGAUAUUGCCCACAAUAUGGAGGUACCUGCAGACUUUAGAUGCUGCGCCCUACUUCCUGGGUUUGGCCCUAUCAGCAUUCAGCCUGACCGGCCUCUUGUCGGGACCGCUGUUUGGCCACUGGUCGGACAGAACACGCACCACCAAGAAGAUCAUCUUGUUUGCCAACCUGUUUGAAAUUGUUGGUAAUUUUAUGUAUUUCUUGGGCUACUCCAAGUGGCUUCUUCUGUCAAGUAGACUCGUUGCAGGCAUCGGAACAGGCGCUGGCUCAUCUAUCUUUGGUUUCCUGACCAGGAGCACCGUUCCAGAGGACCGUGCCACUGUAUUUGCUGCUGUCAUGGCCUGUCGACAAGCUGGCCUUCUGAUUGGUCCUGCUUUUAACAUUUUCCUGAGGUUGUGUGAUUUCCAUAUCGGUCCUUUUGUGGUUAACAAAUACACUGCACCAGGGUUGUUUAUGUGCCUACUGUGGAUUCUCCUUCAGCUGGCUGUUUUCUUCAUGUACUGGGAUCUACCACCUUUAGAAAAGGGGAAUGCCAAACACAAACCAAAAAGCAGUGCCAGUAGUGACAAUGAGCAAGGGCUCAUGGAAAAUGCAGAGGAGGAAGGUGAUGAGGGGAAACCGCUAAUGGGAUCCCAGGAACUGAUGGGAUCCUAUGGGUCAGUUGUGACAUCUGACCCACAGAGGAACCACAUCUCUGCUGCUGCUUCCAACCCCAGCCUGAAUCACAUCUCUGCUGCUUCUAAUCACAGUUUGAAUAGCAUCUCAGAGUCCCAUGAGUCCUCCAGCCCAUUCAGGAAUUUCAGCAUAUCGCGAGAGUUCCUGAGAGAGGAGGUGAUUGUGCUGCUGGCAGCUCAGUUCAUCACCCUCUUCAAUCAGACAGCACUAGAGACCAUGGUGACCCCACUGACCCAGAAGUACUUCAGCUAUGGGGAGCUGGAGAACAGUGUCAUGUACUGUCUGUGCGGUGUGGAGGUGAUCGCUGGCUUCCUGUUUGUGCGCUGGUUGAGCCGGCGUGUUGCCGAGCGGGUGGUCCUGGCUAUCGGCCUGGCCAUCUGCAACAUCUCCUGUGUGUGGUGCCUCAUCUUCCUGGCAAACCCUCUAGGUGGAUUCCCAUGGCAGCUGACAGAGUUCAUCAUCGGGGUGUUUCUGCAGGUUUUAGGGUUGCCGUUUGUAGCUGUGGCCCAGGUCUCACUUUUCUCCAAAGUUACUGCUGAGAAAACACAAGGAUUCAGUCAGGGAGUGCGUCGUUCAGUGGGAGGCCUCGCCACCAUCCUGGGUCCUCUGUGGGCUGGCGGCCUCACAGACAACAUGUAUAUCAUGAUGGGGGUGAUGAUGGGACUGCUGGCAAUGCUAACAGUGAUGCUGGCUUUUUCAUACGGGCGACUAGUUGAACCUGCAGCAGAGGAACAAGAAGAUGGACCUGAAGAGUAAACCUGCAGGUUAUUGAUACAGAGAAGUGGGAACUUCCUGUCCUGCACUUUACAAAGCCUCCACCAUCCUUCUCCUUUGGGAGCCACAUGCAGAGUGAUGAUGCAACCUAGAGCUCAUGUCUCCAGCCUCAGGAGUGCUUUACAAUUGCUUGGACUUCGCAUUUUUGUGCAUGGAGCCUGAUGAUGUACUGAUUUAAUGUAUGUGUAUAUUUCCUGUGGAAAUAAAGUCUCCUCCUGAUACUGCAAGUACAAGCUUUGGAUAGGAAACCAUUUCCAUCUCUUUUAUGUUGUGCACUGAGUGCCACCUUUUGCAGCACACAUUCUGUCUGUGUUUUGGCACCACCUUUAAAUGAGUUAAAUAUAAAUUAUUUAACAUGCCCAAGUCACUGUGGUUUUAAAGUUAAGCUGAUCCAUGUCCUUGUGUUGUAGUCAAACAAAUUAACUGUUUAGCCUUGAUACUUAAUACCUCAUGUUCUGCAAAAAAAGGCUUUUAAAUAUUUAUCAGCUUUGCAGAACUCCAAUAUUCAAGGCUCAGUUUGGCCUGUAAAAACUGUAAGAACUCUACUCUAGCAUUUCAGUGUCUGACUUAUAAGGUAUAUCAGACCAGUUUAUUAAACUAGGCAAAUAUUAUCUGAAUGUCAUGAAUUGUUGUUUAUGGUAUAAUAACUGUGCACUGGUUUCAUUUCUCUUUUUAAAUGUAUUUAUGUUUUUGUAACCUUAGAAUGAUCAUUGAUUGAAUGGUAAAAUUAACAGAAAUGGAAUUAAUCUUUGCCGGACAUCAGCUGUUAAAUUACAAGCAACAGCAAUAGAGAUAAGUACAGAAAAUUGCUGUUUUUUUUUUUGUUU